UCUCCCCCUCUCUCUCGUUCACUUUUUCUCUUUUUAGAACAAUGUUUCUCGUACACAGAAACUAAGUAGCAAAUCCCUUUGUAGAUUCAGCUCCAAAUUUGCAGGAUCUGCUUGCUUAACAUUGCUUCGUUGCUCUGUUCUGAUUGCAGGGGGUUUUCUUUUUGAGUAGUGGAAAUUAAAAUGGCUCUGUGUUCGUCGACUUCGUUGGAACUGAAAAAUCCUUUUAUUGAGGGCACGACAGGGAAAAUAGCGACAUCCAAGUCUUUUCUAAGAGUUGGUUAUGUUGCCAAGAAUGAGAAAUCUUGUUGCUGUAAUGGUAGAAAGGUGGCGGUAUCCAGUCAUUUGAUGCCCGGACAUUUAGAAGGGUCGUUCAUGGGAAAGAAACGGCUGGAGGAGCCUAGCCAGAAAAUGGAUUUUGUGAGGACAUUGUUGAUUGACAACUAUGAUAGUUAUACCUAUAAUAUUUACCAAGAGCUAUCUGUCGUUAAUGGGGUGCCUCCUGUGGUCAUCCGAAAUGAUGAGUGGACAUGGGAGGAUGCGUGCCAUUACUUGUAUGAAAAGAGAGCUUUUGAUAAUAUUGUUAUCUCACCUGGACCUGGUUCUCCAACAUGCUCAGCGGAUAUAGGAAUAUGUCUUCGACUGCUACUUGAGUGCAGGGACAUUCCUAUUCUGGGUGUUUGCCUUGGACACCAGGCCUUGGGUUAUGUCAAUGGAGCUAGAAUUGUCCAUGCUUCUGAACCAGUCCAUGGACGCUUAAGUGAAAUCGAACAUAAUGGAAGCAGACUAUUUGAUAACAUCCCUUCUGGCAGAAAAUCUGGUUUUAAGGUGGUACGGUAUCAUUCUCUCAUCGUAGAUUCAGAAGCACUGCCAAAGGAACUUAUACCGACUGCUUGGACUUCUAGCAGCACUCAUUCUUUCCUUGAGUCUCCGAAUUCUGGUCUUAAACCUGAUGCAUGCAAGAAUCAGAUUAGACCAAGCACAUCUUUUGAUACUUUUUCAACAGGAUCACACAAUGGAGCUUCUUGGUCUUCUAGCAACCCUGGAAGAAUGCAAGGGGGAAAAGUUCUCAUGGGCAUUAUGCAUUCUACAAGGCCGCACUAUGGCUUACAGUUUCAUCCAGAAAGUAUUGCAACCUGUCAUGGAAGGCAAAUAUUUGAGAAUUUUAGAGAGAUUACAGAGGAUUAUUGGCAGAGACUGAGGCCAAGGUCAACAUUUAUUAACGAGAGAAAUGUUCAUUAUACUGCAUGCAUGCAGGUGCAUGUUGCUAGUCAGCUGUUUAGAGUUCCUAGAAUUGGAUCAUUAGUACACAAGGAAGAUGCUCAACCAUUCAAAGAAGCUUUUAGAAGAAGCCAAUUACUUGGAAAUGCCAACGUGAAUUGUCUCAGCAUUUCCAGUGCAUUGAAGUUUCCAGAAUCAAGCAUCAACGUUAGGCAUUUAAAGUUGAAAUGGAGGAAAUUUGAUAAAUUAGCAGCCCGAGCUGGUGGAGCAAGAAACAUAUUUAAUGAACUGUUCGGAGCUUGUAAGGCUGAAAAUACGUUUUGGCUGGACAGUUCCUCAGUAGAAAAGAAAAGAGCACGCUUUUCAUUUAUGGGGGGUAAAGACGGACCACUUUGGAGGCAAAUGACAUUUAGAUUGUCAGAUCAAAGUGAUAUGGAUUUUAAAGGUGGAGGUUACUUAUCAAUCAAAGAUACUGAAGGAUCCACCAAAAGCAUGUUUUUGGAAAAAGGUUUUCUUGAUUUUUUGAACCAGGAGCUACUAUCAUUUACUUACGAUGAAGAAGAUUUUGAAGAACUGCCAUUUGAUUUUCAUGGUGGUUAUAUUGGUUACUUCGGGUAUAGCCUCAAAGUUGAAUGUGGCAUGUUAUCCAACCGUCACAAAUCUACGACUCCAGAUGCUUGCUUUUUCUUUGCAGAUAAUUUUGUAGUCAUCGAUCAUCUUAAUGACAAUGUUUAUAUAUUGUCUUUACAUGAGGAAAGCACAACCAGCAUUCCAUGGUUAGAUGACACGGAAAAUAAGUUGCUUUGCUUAGAAGCUUCUGCCACAAGGAAGUUAGGAGAGCAGGCUUCCCCUAAUGCAACAGUUUCCCCAUACAAGGCAGGUUUUCUUGGUGAGAAAUCUAGAGAGCAGUAUAUUAAAGAUGUUAGUAAGUGUCUAGAAUACAUUAAAGAUGGGGAAAGCUACGAGUUAUGUCUCACUUCUCAGAUGAGAAAAACAGUUGGAGAGAUAGAUUCCUUGGGACUUUACCUUCACCUCAGAGAGAAAAAUCCAGCACCAUAUGCUGCGUGGCUUAAUUUUUCAAAUGAAGAUUUGUGCAUCUGCUGUUCUUCUCCUGAGAGAUUCCUCCGCUUGGACAGAAAUGGUAUAUUAGAAGCAAAGCCGAUUAAAGGUACCAUAGCUCGUGGGGUGACCUUGGAGGAAGAUGAAGAGCUUAAAUUGAAACUGCAGUACAGUGAAAAGGAUCAAGCUGAAAAUCUUAUGAUUGUGGAUCUUUUGAGGAACGAUCUUGGUCGUGUCUGUGAGCCUGGCUCUGUUCAUGUCCCACAUCUUAUGGAAGUAGAGUCGUAUGCAACUGUGCAUACUAUGGUGAGUACAAUUCGAGGAAAGAAGAGGUCAAAUGUAAGUGCAGUUGACUGUGUCAGGGCUGCAUUUCCUGGUGGCUCCAUGACAGGUGCACCAAAAUUGAGAUCAAUGGAGCUUCUCGAUUCUCUUGAAAGCAGUUCUCGUGGGAUCUACUCAGGUUCCAUUGGAUUUUUCUCAUAUAAUCAGACAUUUGAUCUGAAUAUAGUGAUAAGAACAAUAGUUAUUCAUGACGGUGAAGCUUCUAUAGGUGCAGGAGGAGCUAUUGUUGCUCUAUCAAAUCCUGAAGACGAAUACGAUGAAAUGUUACUGAAAACACGAGCACCAGCAAGCGCAGUGAUAGAAUUUCAGUAGGAUCAGAACCAGACGUUCACAUUAUAGAAUAGCAACACUGUUGUAUUUUCUUUUCCACAAACUUUUUCCCCUCAGAAAUUGUCAUUCUUGCUGCACACAAGCACAGAUAGCCCUGUAGAGCUCAGGGGCAACGCAGCUUCACAGUUUUUUCUUCUUUGUAGUGGCCUGGAGAUCCAAUUAUAUUUAAACAUUGACUCUUGCAUUUGUAUUCGAUUGUUACAACUUACCAUUAUAAAAAAUUCCAUACAGGUGUAUCAUUAUUAUUUUCCC